UUCUGUCUGUCAGUCAGUCUAAAACAAAUGUCAAAUUUGUUAAAAUGUUUACUUUUUUUUACAGUGAUCUCUAAGCUACCUAAAUGUCUCACACUGAGACACAAUUGCGGCCCCAGCCACGACUUGAUAUCAAAUGGCUCAAAACCAACAUAGAAUCAUUAUUCAUUGGUCAGGAUAAUUUGAUCAAUUCUUGGAAUAGUCUCAUAACUGAUGGAGAAUUGACUGGAAACUUUUCUGUCGGACGUUUGAAUAGUGCUGGAGUAACUGCAAAGCAAGGAGAACUUGGCAAAUACUACUGUGGCCAGAGGGUUUUAACCUGUACUUGUUGCGAUGGAAUUUGCGGUCCACACAGUGGUUGUAAUUGUCAACCCUGCCAAAAACUUGAUGCUGAAGAAUCCAUUCAAAAUGUACCUAAUAAGGAAAAAUUACCAUCUAUAGACUCAUUUCUGGACAGAUGGGCUUGGGGACCACAGCCAGGCCCAGAACAACUUUCACAAAGUAUACUUAGCUUGAACCAAGAACAAAAAUGUAUUUGCUUUGAAGCAGCAAAGUCUACAUUAUCUGCAACAAGAUUAUAUCAUCGCUUAUUAAUAUUGAAACGUUAUUUCAUUGCUUUGAACAGAAUACCUCAGCCGAUUGAAUUUCUUCAAGGAAUUUCACCAAGAAAAAUCAGUUUAGCAUUGAAUGAAGUGAAAUCUGUCAUCAAACCAAAAUGCAAAAUUGUUAACUUAGAUCCUGCUGCCAGUCUUGCUAGAGUAGGCUCUAGAGCUGCUCUUAAUUUUUCGUUUGCCUUCCUAAGAAGAGCUUGGAGGUUAAAUGAAGACAUAGAUUUAUGCAGCGAACUUUUAAAUGAGGCCCUGGAUUCUCUUAGAAUGCUACCGCCAGCAACACUUUUUGAAGAAGGCAAUGUUUCACCGGUGUGGUUAGAAGUAGUAGAAAAGUCGUCAGUGUUCUUGAGGCAGGUUGUCACUGGGGAAGUAACCAGUGAUAGAUCAUAUGCUAAUGUUCCUAUAGAAGAUCAACAUACUUCUUUGAAUUUGCUUAUGGAAUUUGCCCUUCAAAAGGGAACUCUUAGCGGCAUUUUAGAAGUUGUUAUUCUACUUCUCACCUUAUGGAAAAAGAAAUCUCAAUUGAAUGAUAAUAGGUCAACUGAAGAUGUAGUUGGUGCACCGCUUCUGCCUUUCAUUUUGAGAUUUUUCAAAAUAAAGCCCCUAUAUCCAGCUUUUUCCAAUAAAGAUGAAAAUGAGGAAAAAUCAUCAAUUACACAAAUAUUCCUAGAUUUAUUGGACUUGCCUGACGAUGAACUUUGUGAAAUAGAUCUGAGACAGGCUGCUGUUGCUAUAAUGUGUCAUCUUGAUAUAUUGGCUACGCCACAUAUUCCUCCACUAUCUUUCAAUAAGAUUUUUUUCCAACAGACCUCCUCUUAUUUCAACGGUCAAAGAGUCUGGGGUUGGGGAUGGUUGCCAUGGACUGUAGGUACAAGCCCUCAAAAUUGCGAAUCAUUUGCUGAAUUGAAAAUCAAACAAUUAUGCUGCACAGAGAGAGGAGUUUUAAUUCUGUCCUGUUCCAGAAAGGUUUAUUAUAUGUACUACACAUCAGAGACUCAGUGUCCUCAAAUUUUAGAAGCUUUAAAAGAAAAAGAAAUAAUUAAAAUAGCUACCCAUACGGAAGGAAAACAUUUUAUGGUUCUUACAAAUAAUUUUGAAGUUUACUCUUGGGGAAACGGAGAUGGUGGAAGAUUAGGUCAUGGUGAUACGUCUUUCAAAGAGGAACCAACUUUGAUAGAAGGACUCAUUGAAAAAGAUAUCGUAGAUAUUGAAUGUGGGGCUUCGUAUAGUGCUGCUAUUUCUGCAAAUGGAUCCCUGUACACUUGGGGGAAAGGUUAUUAUGGACGAUUAGGUCAUGGUACUUGUGAGGAUUGUUUAACCCCAACUUUGGUUGCUGGUCUCUCAGGACAACACAUAGUCAAAGUUGCAUGUGGCUCAGGAGAUGCCCAUACAUUAUGUGUUACAAAUCAAGGGAGAGUGUAUAGUUGGGGAGACGGUGACUAUGGAAAGUUGGGCAGAGGUGGUUCAGAAGGCUCAAAAGUUCCAAGGUUGAUAGAGAAACUUCAGAAUUUUCAAAUAGCUGAUGUCUACUGUGGAUCACAUUUCAGCGUUGCUUUAUCAAGAGAGGGAAAGCUUUUUACUUGGGGAAAGUACCUACCAGUAGACACUGGUAGUAUAAAGGCACUCAAAGGCCAAAAUAUUAUAGGUAUUGCAUGUGGUUCUACUCAAAGCUUCGCUUGGACUAAUGUGAAUUCAUUUCAAACUAAGACUUCUCUACCAUAUAUUAUCGAUCUCAAUGAACAAACCUUCAAGUUAAUUGGCCAAUUACUUUCACUGAUUCUAUCAAAUAAUAAUCCUACACAAGAUAAAGAAUGUUUAACAAUAUCUACGUUGAAGCUGUUACAGCUACAACUGCAUAGUAUUAUUGGCAAUAACCUAGAUCCAAAAUGCGUAGGUUUGUGCCCGGACGGUAAUAUGGUAUCAAGUCUGAAAUCGUAUGUAGUAUAUUUAGCCAGUGGUGCGAAAAUUUUACCAACUGUUCAAUCUUCUGCUCAGGCCACUUUGCAAACUGGAUGGUCUGUUUUACUUCCAACAGCCAAUGGCAGGGCAAGAAUGUUAUCAUCUCUCUUAUUGAAUACAGAUUUCGAAAACAAAAUGUGCAAAUCUGGUCACAGAUUUAUGAUUGAUUUGUUAGUGUGGAGUUUGAUGGCAGACGGAGGGCUUGAAACUGCAGUGGAUGAUGCUCUAGGAGUAGAUAUUUCAAAGCUCGUCAAUGUUAAUGACAAUGUUGAACAAUCUUCAACACACAUAACUAUCCCACUAUUGUAUCUCGUGAGACAAUUAGUCAGGAAUAGUAGUAACGUUACUCAAACAAGGUUGAAAGAAUUGAGUGCCACAGGAAAAUUCUCAUCUCAGAAAAAUCCACCUUCUCCUAGUAUAAGACUGUUACAACGGUUUCAGAGGCUUUUAAUUUCAAAAAUUUAUUCAAAGUCACAAGAUUGUCAAGACGCUGCAGAAACGCUUCUGAUAAAGUAUUUAGAUUGUUUCAGUUGUCAUGUAUCUGCAACCCUGAAUAUGACUUAUGAUAUCAUUUUGAUGAAUUCCAAAAAUGGUUUGAGUGCCUUGCAGAUUUUGAAGGAAGAUAUUAUCGGGAUACUACUACCCGAGCUAAUUACGAGCCUCAUCCUCCUUGAACAAGAAGUUAGUAUGUUUCUCACUUCACUAAACUGGCUAAACGUAUUCAUUGAAGUACUGAAAUCUCUUGACAAACUCUGCCGGCUGAUGCCUGACAUACAAUUGCAUGAUCUGGAUGAUAUUGCUUGGCCAGGCAUUACCCAAACUAGACCAAACAAUAUGUCACAUAAAUUAAAUGAAGAAUUACCAUUGAUUAGACAAGCUGAUCUUGAAAAUCAUAAUCUAGAUGGAGGUCGCUGGAUAGUCAUCAACAAUAAAGUAUAUGAUAUUCAAGAUUUUAGGUGCGACAACCCAUCAGUGACAGAACUUCUACAGAAACACCCAGGCAAGGAUGUCACUCAUAUUUUAAAUAGUUGUCCUCAGAAUGCACAGUUAUUAUCUUUGAUGGAUAAUUAUGUAGUUGGUAAUUAUUGUCUUCCUGAAUUAGAGUUACAUCAAAAUAAUGUAGAUUCUCUCCACGUUUGGUUUAUGUUGAUGGACGUUGAAAGGAAUCUAGGGUAUUUGCUAGGUUUGCAUGCAUACAAUUUGAGACAGAGCUUGUCGUUGACACAAGAAGAAAAAUCAUCUAGUCAUUGGCUAAAAUCUCCAUUUCUGAGUGGUGGUUUACAGAUUGAUCAACCGCCAAAUCCUUACGAGGAAGAGAAAGGCGAAUCUCGUAGCACCAAUUCAACAGCAGAGAAUACUCCAACUGAACCAAAAGUUAAUACAAGUCAAAAAUCAUUGAAAAAUGUUCAACCGCCAGAAAGGGUAAAAGCCUUUAUUAAUGCGUUAGCUGAAAGCAGAUUGUCGGACCCAUAUGUAAUAGCGUUUUUGGCAGUAGUAGAACAGCAUUCAAAGGCAAAUAAUUUCUUAACUAGGGUGGACUUUUCAUUUGAGCAUCCUAUAGAGGAGAUCGGUAGGGUACUUUAUGCAGUUUUAUUGAAACAUUUAGGACUUGGUUAUGUUUUGCUACCUAUUUUAGAAGCAUAUGCAGUUCAGCCUAAUGUUAAAAUUCCUAAAUUAGUGGGUGAAGUUAUCAAAUGUGUACAUCAAACUAAAUGGAAUUUGAUCAAAACUCGCCAAGAUGCCAACAAAGGAUAUAAAGAAAUCUGUAUACCUCUUCUCGAAAAAUGUCGCUUUCUGCUUUAUGAAGUCAAGGCUGCUGUAAGUCUUGAAAUGGAGGCUUUCAAAAAGGUGAAUGUUUUAUACAAAGAACCAAGAGUUAGAACUUUGGUGAGAAAAGUAAUAAAGGAUCUGAAAUGUGGUCGACACACUUCAGAAAUACAGAAACCAGAGGAUAUAGUGAAUGCCACAAUUCAGUCACAAAGUAUUGAACGUCACAAAUCCAGUGAAGACGUUAGCAAGACAUCAAUAAAAAAAACAAAUUCCGAUGGAAAGAUAUCCGAGUCGAAAAGUGACACUGAUGAUGUGAACAAUGAGAUAAAGAAUGGCACCCACAAGGUAUCUGCUGAAAGUAGAGUCAUCACAGAUUCUUAUCAUUCAAAUACUUCCAAACCUGACCAAAAACAUGCCAAAAAUUGUACUGAAAAUAAGACUGAACUAGAUGAGAAAUGGACUGUAGAAAAAACUGAAAAUGCAUCGAGAUUAGAAAUCAACCAAGAUCGAGAAAAAAAGCUCGAAAAUCAAAUUAUACUAACUAGUAUAGUGUCAAAGCUAAAUGAGAAACAGAUGAAGAAAGUUUGUAGCGAGAAUCUUAAUAUAAUGAAUAUGGUAUUGGAGUUUAUUCUUCAAUCAGAAUAUGAUGUGGAACUACUCAGGAAAGUUAUGUAUAAUCAGGUUAAAAGGUGCAAGAUUCGCAAAGAUGGUUUACAAAUGAUAUCAUACCUUCUGAACGAAACUGGUUUUUUGAAUUCAGUAAGAUACUCAAUAAUGAAUGGUUAUCUAGGUUUGGAUAAACAGGAAAACAUGCACCAUUGUCUUGAUAAUAUAGAUUUAGUUACCCCAUAUUUAAAAACUGAAGUUAUGCUUUUGCAGUUGAAAGUAACUGAAUGGUGCAUUGAAACCUUAAGGAGUUAUAUACUGCGAGAUAUUCCCAAUAAACCCGGAAAAACGAAAGGAACCAGUGCUAAAGUUCAUCUUAAUUUAGGUACUUAUACCUUGCUAAGAGAUGUUCCCAGAGCAAGAAUGCUGUUAGCUAUAUUGGGAAUACUUUCUUCAAAUCGUUAUAAUGCUCCAGAAUUAAACCCACUUGUUAAUAGCGGUGUCAUAAGUUCUGUUUUGGGACUCUUAAAACAAGCCGGUUGUGACCAAAGUAUUGUGAGGAAAGUUUCAGAAUUUUAUGUAUUGUAUGCUGACAUGAUCGAGAAUAGCAAGCCUAAAACUAGUUGCUUGUCAGGACCAGAGCUAGCCGGUUUGAUGAAAUUAGGAACAAGAGUUAUAAGAGGAGCUGAUUGGAAGUGGGGAGAUCAGGAUGGUAACCCACCUGGAGAGGGUAGAGUGAUUGGAGAAUUAGGUGAUGAUGGUUGGGUAAGAGUGGAAUGGGGCAAUGGUACCACAAACAGUUACAGAAUGGGCAUUGAAGGAAGAUAUGACCUCAACUUGGCCUCACCUCCUUCUCCAGUGACAUCUGAAACUGAAACUGAGGAAUCUAGUGAUCAUGGGUCUCAACUAAUCAGGGAUAAUCAGCUUAUUAAGCUACUUCGAGAUUUAAGCAUAAACUUUCUCAGAAAUGUCGCCAUUAGUGCAGGAUUUUCAAAAAAUAAUCUGCACCCAAAUACAGUUCAUGGCCUAAGUAGUUUGUUCUGCAAUACAUUGAACUCCAAUUAUUCAGAAUGGAUGAAUUUAACAUUGGUUAGGAGUAUUUGUCAAACCCAGCAACUUUGCAGAGCAUUUAGUACUAAACCUUGGAUAAAAAUCCUAUUACGCUUUUUAGCACCUUCCAAUAAUGUGAACGGUAAUGAGCUGAACUUGCCGAAACAGGUUCUAACUAUACGCUUAAUGCAAACAGUCUUACAGUCUUGGGAUAUGGAUAAUCCUGAAAUUCCUCAACUGCUCGAAAAUUUACUAAACAUACUGGGUAAAAUAGUUUUAACAUGUUCAUAUGAUACUGGUAAUAAGCCACUCCCCACUAGUAAGUAAUUGGUGCUGUUAACUCAGUCUCAUAGCAGUACAGUUGCCCAAGAGAUAAUAAAUCUACUCAGGACUCUCCACGGAUUAUUAGGCUGGAAUCAAAUUCUUAAUGCUAUUUUAAUACAGAAAUUCAAUUUAGCAGCAUACUUUCUAAGUGAUACUUGUUUAACAACUAUGAUGAAUGACGGACCUAUAUCUGAUCAGCAACAUUAUAUGGUAGUUGCUUGUUUAAAUGUUAUAGGCGCAUGGGAUAUCCGACCUAGGAUUGGAGCAGUUGUUGAAAUUGACAGCUGUCAGGGUACUGUCAUCAGAGUAACUCCAAAAGGAAAACUUUGUGUGCAAAUGCAUGAAACGGGAGAGAUAAAGAAAGUACCAAUCAAUAAUUUGAAGCUUCUGGAGUCAACAAAUUUUGAUUUUGAUAAAAUGUUACUUGGAGAUAGUUUCAUAAAAACAUGGGCAAAUUUAUUGUUACUUAGGCAUUCACUGAAUAAUCAUGAUCGCAAAACAUAUCAUGGUCAGGUGAACUUAGCGUAUCUUCGAACUCAGCAAAAUAUUCUCUAUGCCCUAAAUGCCACAAGAAUUUUACAUACAAGUCAAUAUAAAUUACGAAAAGUUCUUAAAUAUCCAGUCAAUGGCAUGGACCAGUCCCAAGAACAACAAUCAAUAGAAGAAGAACUUAAUCAACAACCGAUUCUCUUGAUACAGAAGCUGUUGUCAAAAGCAACUCAACCAAGUCCCUUGAAACCUGGUUUCAAAUUACAAGAAAUGCAAUUAGCAUCAUUGAAUUUGAGUCAGUAUUUAGCGGCAGAUGGCAAUUUUGAACCGACUAUUUGUAUAAACAAUGAUAAACCUACGCCAAAGAAUGGAACCCGGUGUAAUAGUGAGCUAGCUACUCCAAAUAGCGAAAGUUCAGUAAACAGUGUUGUUAGUGAGAAAACUAAUAAAAGAAGAGAAUUGGAAGAUGAAACACCUGUGCACCUAAUGGUUUCUCAAAUUGUAGAGAUGGGAUUUACUAAGAAAGCUGUUGAGAGUGCCAUUAAAUCGCUCGCAAUUGGGCCCGAUAAUCUAAUGACCCCGGAGUCUAUAGUCAGUUGGUUAUUGGACCACCCUGAGGUAGCUGCAGAAGAUAGUGAUUCUAUGAGCUCUGUCUACGAUUCAGAAACUGAGUCAGUUUCGUAUGACAAUGCCUUAGGAGCCCAGGCUCAUGCUCAAUAUGGAGGAGAAAAUAAUUCCAAACAACAAUCAUAUUGUAGACGUUCUCAGUUUCUUUCUAAUGAUGAAUAUGCAAUGUAUAUUCGUGAUAACGUGGAAGUUGGAAUGCUAGUCAGAUGUUGCAAAAGUUAUGAGGAAGUACAAUUAGGUGAUAUAGGAAAAGUUGUAAAAAUUGACCGAGAAGGUUUACAUGAUCUGAAUUUGCAAGUAAAUUGGCAACACAAAGUAAGCACAUACUGGGUUCGCUUUAUUCACAUAGAAUUACUUGGAUUUCCUCCUUCAUUACCUGCACCAUCUUCUAUUAAAGUUGGAGAUAAGGUUAGGGUGAAGUCCAGUGUUACAGCACCAAGAUACAAAUGGGGAUAUGUAACUCAUGAUACAGUGGGAGUUGUUACAGAGUCUCCUGAAUUAUAUGCUGGUAGAGCUGGCCGAUAUUAUAGACAUGAUACUGUUGAUACAAAUGGAGAGAUGAUACUCGAAUGGGGAAGGAUAGUGAAAAAUGUGACGGUAUCUUCAAAAUAUGCAGUACGAUUUGAAAUACCUGGUUCCGUGUGGCAAAGUUGUGGUACACAAGGAAAGCACUGGAUUAGAUUGGAAAUAUUUCCUGACAUCUUGAUAAAAUCUUUAAAGGUUGGAGUUGAUCCUUCAGAUAAUAGUUACAUGCCUUCAGUAAUUGUAGUGAAUGGAGGCCAUUCAACGAAUUCGAUGUCAGAAUUAAAUACAGUUAAUGUUAAAAGCCAUGACACGUCAGUUGUGCUACUAUCAAAUGCUGAUAAGUAUUAUCCCAUAAUUGAAAUAAACAUCAUCAAAUGUCGCAAUAAUGGAAUUGAUUGUAAGGUACAUGGAAUAACUGUUGUUGGGGUAAAAAAACAAUCAUUUUGUGAGUUGAAGACAUCUGUAUCUUUUCUGGCUAAUGACUGGGAUUUGAGUCAAGAUGCCACUGUUGGACCAACAUUGUCCACAAUAGGUCAAGACUCAAAUAGCGAUUUCGCCAUUUCUAACUCAAACGGAUGCAAGGUGUAUGUUUGGGGUUUGAAUGACAAAGAUCAACUUGGGGGAAUGAAAGGCUCUAAAGUAAAACUACCAGUUCUUUCAGAUUUCCUUAGCAUGUUGAGGCCUAUACACAUUGCUGGAGGUUCAAAAUCUUUAUUUAUAGUGUCUCAAGAAGGAAAGCUUUAUGCUUGUGGUGAGGGAACUAAUGGUCGUCUAGGACUAGGACAUAAUAAUAAUAUUCCGAGUCCAAGACCAAUACCAUUUUUGAGUCAGUAUGUCAUCAAAAAGGUUGCUGUUCAUUCCGGAGGAAAACACGCUAUGGCCCUUACUUUAGAUGGAAAAGUAUUUUCUUGGGGAGAAGGUGAAGACGGUAAAUUAGGUCACGGAAAUAGACUCAAUUUAGACAAACCUCGUAUGAUUGAGAUUUUGCGAAGCAAAAAAAUUAGAGAUAUAGCCUGCGGGAGUUCUCAUUCUGCUGCAAUAACAAGUAGCGGAGAAUUAUUCACUUGGGGUUUGGGUGAAUAUGGACGAUUGGGACACGGAGAUAAUGUCACGCAACUCAAACCAAAGUUGGUGAAAGCACUUGUUGGCCAUAGGGUAAUUCAAGUAGCCUGUGGCAGUCGAGAUGCGCAAACUUUAGCACUUUCAGAUGAAGGGUUAGUUUUUUCCUGGGGAGAUGGAGAUUUUGGAAAAUUGGGAAGGGGUGGAUCUGAAGGUUGUAAUGUUCCUCAUAACAUAGAGAGGCUCAAUUCACUUGGAGUUAUCCAAAUCGAGUGUGGUGCGCAGUUUUCAUUGGCGUUAACGAAGGCUGGAGAUAUUUGGACCUGGGGAAAAGGAGAUUAUUUCAGACUUGGUCAUGGUACCGAUCAGCAUGUCAGGAAACCAACAGUUAUUGAUACUUUGAGAGGUAAAAAAGUGAUUCACGUAGCUGUGGGUGCUUUACAUUGUUUGGCAGUAACUGACAAUGGACAGGUUUAUGCUUGGGGUGACAACGAUCAUGGUCAGCAAGGUAAUGGAACAACAAUUGUCAACCGAAAACCUGCUUUGGUACAUGGACUCGAAGAUGUGCAAAUAAAUCGUGUUGCCUGUGGUAGUUCACAUUCCAUAGCAUGGAUGUUGCAAGAUACACAAAUAGUAUCCAAAGUAGAACCAGUUAUAUUUCCAGUGGCUAAAGAUCCACUGGGAUCGUCAAUCCUAGGCUUGUAUGAUGGAGAAAAACCUCAGUUACAUGUGAACAAUAAAAAUGCUCCAACACUUAGUAGUAUAGUUAUGUCAUUGGAAAGUAAUACAGCAAAACAACAGGCAUUACAACAUAUACUCAAUGCCAUGCAUAUUCAGCAGUUGAGGCAAGCAGUUGUUAAGUCUUUAUGUAGUCAUACAAACAUUAAUAACAACACAAAGCCUGAUGGUUCUCCUGAUACUCCUUAUGAACGCCCUUUAAUAAAUGGAUUGUCUAAUAACAAGGACGGAGAGAUUGCGUUGGGAGGAGGUGAAGCACCUUAUGUCCGAUUAUUAACUUCUGUUUCUAUAUCAAGACACUCAAUAAGUUUCAUAUUUAGUCCCAAUCAGACAACUCCAGAAGUGGAAGAAAAUCCAAUUAUUUUAUUACAAUCAAUGACUGCAAGUAGUUGCUCUGCUAGUAUAUCCUCAAAACAUUCUCGUAUGUCUACUAGUGCCAUGUCAGUAAUUGCUGCCACAUUAACGUCCCACGCAGAGGUUAUUGGGGACGGUGGUUUAACUGGACUAGAUGAUUUCACCUCUCUCUUAAACGAAAAUGAUGCUAGAUUACUGGUGGAUCUUUUGAAACUGUCUGUUGCUGAUAGAAUUGAAGAUGUGCAAGCCAAAGAUAUUCUUUCUUCAGUUUUGAUAACUAUGGGCAGUACAAACUCUGAUAUUGGAGCCAUGCUUCUGGAGCUGUGUGUCACAGAAUUAGAAGAUACGACAAAUAGUACUCAAAACUUAUGCACUACUCCCCAUCCAGUUGUUCAAGAAUCAAGCCACCCAUAUGUUGAUGAUGUGACUUUACGAGGACAUGUGAGAUUACCAGGUGCAGAUGCUCUUCGAGUAGAAUUUGACAGAAGAUGUUCAACAGAACGGAGACAUGACCCCUUACAAAUUACUGAUGGUACUGGCAGAAUAAUUGCCACUAAUUCAGGUCGAGAAUGGAGUGACUGGUCUUCAGAAUUGCGUAUACCUGGAGACGAACUAAGAUGGACUUUCAGUAGUGACAGUUCUGUAAAUGGUUGGGGAUGGCGAUUUACCGUUUAUCCUGUUAUGUCAAAUCAUGGUUUAACUGAACUAGGAUCAGAUCGGGCCGUUCUUAGUCAACCAUCAAUGGAUAUGGUUAUGUGUUUACUGGAUCCUAGAUUGUAUCCUUCUGCUGAUUCAGCAUUAAUGUCUAGACUUGCUGCUGCUCUAGCGUCAUGUUCACAAUUAAGUUUUCUUUCUCCUGGCCAGCGAAUGUGGUCAUUACAAAGAUUACACAGACUCCUGGUAGGUGAACAUAAGAAGCCUGAAAUGGUAGCUAUCCACUUACAAGAGCUAAAAGCACCUGACAGUGCACUAGGUUCUCUUUUAGAGGAAUUGCCUCAAGCUCUACUGCGCCAGUAUGAAUAUGAAGAUGGUUCAGUGAGAGCAGGACUGCAUUUAAUGCAUUCAGAUUUUUUCAAAGUGUUGGUAGCACUGGCCUGUGAUUUAGAACUAGAUAAGAUGGCUGGCAUUGUUGAUAAUCAUAAGUGGUCUUGGUUCAGAAGAUACUGUCAUGCUGCAAGAGUUGCAAAAUCCUUGAUUCAUCGAAUUCCAUUGCCUUUAAAUUUUUGCCAAGAAGUAAGAAAAAAAUUAACAGACUCUAGUGGUGAUAUAUCGAAAGAUUAUUGGGAAUAUGAGAAGCAUGAUAUUUUCAAAAAAGAAAACGAUGAACAGCUUUUGAUUUGGCUAAACAGGCGUCCUGAAGAUUGGACUUUAUCAUGGGGUGGAUCUGGGACAAUUUAUGGUUGGGGUCACAAUCACAGAGGCCAGUUAGGAGGAGUAGAAGGGGCUAAAGUUAAAAUACCUACAGCUUGUGAAGCUUUAUCGACUCUCAGACCCAUACAACUUCUAGGAGGUGAACAAACUCUAUUUGCCAUUACAGCUGAUGGAAAGACCUAUGCCACUGGCUAUGGUGCUGGUGGAAGACUGGGUAUUGGUGGUACUGAUUCAGUUUUGGUGCCAACACUACUAGAGUCAAUUCAACAUGUUUACAUAAAAAAAAUUGCCGUGAAUUCCGGAGGUAAACAUUGUUUGGCAUUAUCAGCUGACAAUGAUGUUUACUCAUGGGGAGAAGGAGACGAUGGUAAACUUGGACAUGGGACUAGAACAUCAUGUGAAACGCCAAAACUAGUAGAGGCAAUUCAAGGAUAUGAAAUAGUGGAUAUAUCAUGUGGAGGAGCUCACUCAGCUGCUAUAACUUCUACAGGUCACUUAUAUACUUGGGGUAAAGGUCGAUAUGGAAGAUUGGGUCAUGGUGACAGUGAAGAUCAGCUCAAACCAAAAUUAGUUGAAGCUCUUCUUGGUUAUAAAGUAAUUGAUGUUGCUUGUGGCUCAGGAGAUGCACAGACCCUUUGUAUAACUGAUGAUGACAAUGUUUGGUCAUGGGGAGAUGGAGAUUACGGUAAACUGGGAAGAGGUGGAUCUGAUGGUUGCAAGAUACCAAUGAAAAUAGAAAGUUUAGCGGGUUUGGGUGUGAUCAAGGUCGAAUGUGGAUCACAAUUUUCAGUAGCUUUAACUCGAUCGGGUAGUGUUUAUACAUGGGGCAAAGGAGAUUAUCACAGGUUAGGUCAUGGAACCGGCGAUCAUGUAAGAAGACCUAAGAAAGUUGCUGCUUUACAAGGGAAAAAAAUAAUCAGUAUUGCAACAGGAUCCCUUCAUUGUGUAGCAUGUUCUGAUGAAGGGGAAGUAUUCACUUGGGGAGAUAACGAUGAAGGUCAAUUGGGUGAUGGUACUACCAAUGCUAUUCAGAGACCUAGACUUGUCUCUCAUCUUCAGGCAAAUGUUAAAAAAAUAACAAAUGUUGCAUGCGGCUCCGCACACACUCUAGCAUGGUCCACGAGCAAUGCCAGUUCAGCAUGUGCUCGAUUACCUUCGGUAGCUCCCUUGGAGUAUGAUUUACUACAAGAUAUUCCUCCACUGGUUCUACACUGUCGAUUGGUUCUUCUACAUCACUUUGCAGAAUUAAUAUGUCCUUGUAUAACAAUGUUCCCGAUAACAGGACCAGAUUCUUUGCAUGAAUUGCGCAGCAUAUUAAUUUAUUCCAUUAAAGAAGCUACGUUUAGGAAAGUUGUCCAAGCUACGAUGGUGAGAGAUAAGCAUCACGGACCUGUAAUAGAAUUGAACAGGAUACAG